CAAAAUCUCGACCAGGCCAGCGAUUCUCCUUUGCAAGCACAGCGUUUCGACCCCAGUUCUCUUGCAUCAAGUUUGUGACCAGCAUAUACCCAACCCACCAUGGCGCCUGGUGCCAUCACCGCGGGCUUCAAACCAAAGUUCAUUCCCAAGGCCGAACGCGAGCGUCUUGCGAAACAAAAACAGGAGGAGGAGGAAAAGAAGAAGCUAGCACUUCAAGAUACCAAACAGAACGACACACGCAACGGACGUAGUACACGAGACCCUCGCGAUCGCGAUGUGCGCGUUCCUACUGGGCCCAAGGCUAUGCGCCAGGAUGGGCACGACAGGUCGCGUAACGAUGGCUACCGAGACGAGCGCCGUGGAGACUAUCGGAACGGCAACAGCAUGAACAACGGAAACAACCAUACCAAGACAAAUACCAAACGGCCGCCGCCCGAGGACCGAGACGAGACGCUCCUGCGAGAACGAUACAUGGGACCGGACCUGAGUCAAAGUACUUUCUCAGCCACCAAGAAGCGGAAGCGCACCAAAAAGGAGGAGUUCAAAUUCGAUUGGGACAAUCAGGAGGAUACGACAGGCGACCUUGCCCUCGACGACGAAGCCCAGAACGAAGCCAACAUACACAAGCGGGCCAGGGCGAUCAGAGAAGAAGAGCCUGACCCAGAACGUGGCGAGGCCCUUGCGCGGCAGCUCAUCGAAGGCUACUACCGUGCUCGUGACCUGGCCGAAGAUGCGAGGAGGCAGCGGGAAAGGGCCAACGAGGUCAAGCAAAAGGUCUUUAGCAAACGCUGGACGGAGAAGACGCUGGAAGAAAUGCAAGCCCGGGAUUGGCGCAUUCUCAGGGAGGACUUCGACAUAUCCACGAAAGGUGGCAACGUGCCUCAUCCUCUUCGCAACUGGAGAGAGUCAAGCUUGCCGUCGAAACUGCUGUCUGUCAUUGACGAACUUGGAUAUGCGGAGCCAUCGCCCAUCCAGCGCGCCACGAUCCCUAUUGCGCUCGAAGCACGUGAUCUUAUUGGUGUGGCCGUCACAGGUUCAGGAAAGACAGCAGCAUUCCUCCUUCCCCUCCUGGACUACAUUUCCAAAUUGCCACCUCUGACGGAAUUCACAAAGAACGACGGCCCCUAUGCGUUGAUCAUCGCACCAACAAGAGAGUUGGCGCAACAGAUUGCCCUUGCUGCGGAGCAAUUCUCCAAACCCUUUGGCUUCAACGUGGUUACACUUAUCGGUGGUCAUCAGCUGGAAGAGCAGGUUUAUGCCAUGCGCAAUGGAGCAGAAAUCAUUGUGGCCACUCCUGGUCGUCUCGUUGAUUGUCUCGAGCGUCGUGUGCUGGUCUUGUCACAAUGUCAUUAUGUCAUCAUGGACGAGGCCGACCGAAUGGUGGAGAUGGGUUUCGAAGAGCCAUUGAGAAAAGUACUAGACGCCCUUCCUGCCACGGAUGAAAGGCCCGAUAUGGAUAUCGAUGGCGCUCAGUUCCAUUCGCAUAACUCAUUUGGCACCUCCCGCACGAGGAGAACCAUGAUGUUUACGGCGACAAUGCCGCCAGCCGUGGAACGCAUCGCAAAGACCUAUCUUCGCUCGCCAGUAAUCGUCACUAUCGGUACCCAGGGCGAGGCUGUCGAUACAGUCGAGCAACGAGUCGAGUUCGUGCAAGGCGAACGCGCACGCCAGGACCGCAUCCUCAACAUUCUGCACAGCGGUGAGUUCCCCGCGCCAGCCAUCGUCUUCGUCAACAUGAAGCAGAACUGUGAGGCUGUCGCAAAAGAGGUCCGUCGUUCCGGGUUUACAGUCGUCACUCUGCACGGCAACAAGACACAAGAGCAGCGUGAGACGGCCCUUCAGGCCUUGCGUAACGGUACAGCCAAGGUCUUGGUGGCUACCGACCUUGCUGGUCGUGGUAUUGAUGUGCCAGAUGUGUCGCUGGUCGUGAACUUCAACAUGGCCACGUCUAUUGAGAGCUACACCCAUCGUAUCGGUCGCACUGGUCGUGCAGGCAAGAAGGGUGUAGCCAUCACAUUCCUUGGCAACGAGGAUGCUCCGGUCUUGUACGAUCUCAAGCAAAUGAUCUCAAAGAGUCCUGUGUCCAAGGUACCAGACGCCCUACGGCAGCAUGAAGCUGCCAAGCAGAAGCCUACCAAAGGACGAGGAGAUUAGACUGAUAGAUAGUCUUCAAAUGUCAAUUCCUGGCAGUGUACAAACAGAAAACACCCAGUUGUAGCAGUA